AUGGCUUGUCCGAAAGUCAAGAAUUGGAGGUACUUAAAGAAGCUGUACCCACUGCUACAAAGGCUCGAGAAAAGCAGGCGCCAGAGCAUCCUGCUGGGCCUUUUCAGCGAGGUGCAGCGACGCCUCCUGGAGUGCUGGCUCUUGCGGUGCCUCGGAGAGGGAGGCAAGUUCCAGCACGUCACCCUGCGGGGCUCCAUCUCGGACGAGUUCAGCCUCAACAAGUUCGGGGAGCUCGCGAAGCCGGGCGCCGCCAAGGUGGCCACGCUCUGCGCGAUCCUCGCGGUGUGCGUUACCUUCUGCUUGUACCACUACUACGCGGACGCCAUACUCCGGUCCCGACCCCAGAAGGAAGCGGAGGAUCCGAAAGAGGUCGAGAAGGCGCGAGAACCAGAUGCGGCGGCGACGCCUGCCUUGGUUCGACCAGAGCGCAAGAAGGCGUCAGAGAAGCCAUGCUGCUGCGGCGGCUUGAAGCUGCUGCAGGAGAGGCUGGCAGGCCGCACAGACCGCACGCCCAAAGCACGGCCCAACUUCAGCGGGUCCUGGAAGUGCGUGGGUGCAGACGGGGACCUCGACGGCUUGUACGCCUCCAUGGGUCUGGGCUACUUCGCCCGCUGCGCCAUGGAGCGUCUGCAGUGGGGCAAGGGGCAGCUCACGCGGACCUAUGAGCACCAGGGCGAACACGUGAAGCUCACGCAGAGGGCAGCGGAUGAAACCACGCAGGAGUUUGACAUCAAUGGCCAGCCGCAGAAGGUGCAGCAGGGCGACGGAGUGGUGAUUCAAACCACCUGUUGGGACGAGAAGGAGGAGGGGGUUCUCAUCAUGGAGACAAAAGACCUCCUGGGUUGCAAGCCAAAGACCUGGACGACUACGCGGCAGUACCUCCAAGACAACCAGCUGGUGGUGGAAGUGCUGGGCGCAGAUGGCCACAGAGCCACCUGGACCUACCAGCGCGAAGACUGA